ACGAACGAAGAAGCGUAGAAAGAGUAACAGUGGCGAACGUCUCUCGCGAUAUUUGUUUAUUUAUACACUUUUUUUUAUACAUAAAUUUAACGAUUCCAAAACAAAAGUCUUUUACAACCAUAUAAUCAUCUCUUCGGAUCAGCUGUUUAUAUAAAUACACAAGUAUACACACAUUAAAAAUUACGCCUGUGGUCGCCGUUUUUUUUUAGCAAUCAAUUUUACCAAACUUAUAAAUUGUAAAUACACGUCACGUAUAGUUAUUUAUUAAGUAAGUCAUAGAAACGUUUGCCUGUGUGUGCGUUCGAGGGAACGAGAAAAGAUAAAAAUUGACCCAAUCCGAUCUUACAACGUCAUGUACAAUCUAGGUGUACCUAAUUGUUAAAACAUCACAGGGUGAAGAUCAAGAAAAGGAAUCAAGUUGCUGUUUCAAGGCUAAUACACUUUUUAUAGAUUGUUGUUUGUUGUUGAUUCGUAAAAAAUGGGAGUACCCAAGUUCUUCAGGUACAUCAGCGAGAGAUAUCCUUGCCUCAGUGAAAAACUCAAGGAAAAUCAAAUCCCUGAGUUUGACAACUUAUAUUUAGACAUGAAUGGUAUCAUUCACAACUGUUCGCAUCCAAACGACGCGGACGUUUCGUUUCGUAUAACAGAGGAAACGAUAUUCAAGAAUAUAUUUCACUACAUAGAAAUAUUGUUUCGCAUAAUACAGCCCCAAAAGCUGUUUUUCAUGGCUGUGGAUGGAGUAGCACCACGUGCCAAGAUCAAUCAACAGCGCGGUCGGCGUUUCCGUGCGGCAAAGGAUGCCGAAAUUCAAGAGGCCAAGGCACGAGCCAAGGGCCAGGAAAUUCCAAAGGAGGCAAGAUUUGACUCCAACUGUAUUACCCCGGGAACAGUAUUUAUGUCGAAGCUUAGUGAGCAACUGAAGUUUUUUAUUACCCAAAAAAUAUCCACUGACAAAAUUUGGCAGAAAUGUAAAAUUAUACUUAGUGGAUCUGAGGUACCUGGGGAGGGUGAACACAAAAUAAUGGACUACAUUAGGUACAUGAAAGCUCAGCCAGAUUACAAAGGGAACACACGUCAUUGUUUAUACGGUUUAGAUGCAGAUCUAAUUAUGUUGGGGCUUUGCUCUCACGAACCGCAAUUUUCGUUGCUUCGUGAGGAAGUAAAGUUUGGCAAAGCUCAAAAAAAGAUAUUGACUCCAGAGGAGACUAAUUUCUGUCUUCUUCAUUUGUCCUUGAUGAGAGAGUACUUGGAACAUGAAUUUUCUCCUGUCAAGGAUAAGUUACCCUUUAAGUUCGAUUUAGAAAAAAUCAUCGAUGAUUGGGUUCUCAUGGGUUUUUUGGUGGGAAACGACUUUAUCCCACAUUUACCAAAUUUGCACAUUGAAAAUAAUGCACUGCCAAUUUUAUACAAUGCUUACAUGGACGUGUUGCCCACGUUAAAUGGAUAUAUUAACGAAGCUGGAACGUUAAAUCUCGAACGUUUCGAAAAAUUCAUGGAAAAACUGGGAGGCUAUGAUAUGGAACAGUUUGAUGAAAUUUACGCUGAUCUGAAAUAUUUGGAAUCAAAAACCGGUCGACACUUGAAUGAUAGUAGAAAAAGUUCGUCGGAUGAAAAUUCGACUCCAAAGAAAGCAAACAAAGCAUUGGAUGCCUUGAUCAUGGCAACUAAAACAGAAUUGGGCGAUUCUGAAGACGAUGAUGAUGAAGAAGAGGAAUCGGAUGAUGAAUUGAAUAUGAAACUAGAAUUUGUACAGCAUAAGCGGGAUUACUACAUGAAUAAAAUGGAGUACGCAAAUGUUGAUGCAGAAAUCAUGCGUUCACAAGCUGAAGGCUACAUCAGAGCAAUCCAGUGGAAUCUUCACUAUUACUACAACGGCUGUUGCAGCUGGUCAUGGUAUUAUCCACAUCAUUAUGCGCCCUACAUCUCGGACAUAAAAAACUUCAAAGAUUUGAAGCUUGAGUUCGAUAUGGGUGAGCCGUUCAAACCGUUUGAACAAUUGCUGGCUGUCCUGCCAGCUGCCAGCAAAAGUCUGCUGCCUAAAGCCUAUCAUGGUCUUAUGACGGAAGAGAACUCGCCGAUAAUUAAGUAUUAUCCGCUUGAUUUUAAGACUGAUCUUAAUGGAAAAAAGCAAGAAUGGGAGGCUGUGGUCUUGAUUCCACUCAUUGACGAGACAAGUUUGUUAAAUGCUAUGAUGCCGUGUAAUGUCAAGUUGACGUUUGAGGAACAAAAGCGCAACCAGCACGGUCCAAUGGCAAUAUUCUCGUAUACUGAUAAAGACAUGGGAAUUAAAGAAGCGCCAGAGUAUUUUGGCAGUGUGCGUAGUCGCGCAUUCGUUCAGUUAGUGGACAGAGAAGAAAUUCUAGUGGUGAAGGAAAAGCUGGUCAAAGGCUUAUGCAAGGGAGUCCGGUUAAGUACUUAUUUCCCUGGAUUUCCCACAUUGCAACAUAUUCCGCACACUGCAAGCUUUCAAGUGGCUAAAGUAAAAGUAUUCGAGCAGCCAUCCAGACGAGAAAACAUGAUACUUAAAGUUCUACCACGAACGACACCUCCUUUAGAAGAUUUAGCUAACAAUUGGAUCGGCAAAACGGUAUACGUUUGUUGGCCACAUCUUGUAGAAGCUGUAGUAGUGGGAAUAUCUGACGCGAAAACUAAAAUCAGUGUCACAAAUGCACAUCUCAAAAAGUAUACAGGCGAAAAUCUUUGGUUUAAUACAGAAAAAAUGGACGAUAAACACAUUACUGUUUGGAACAUGCAAAAAAAAUCGAUCAUCGAAAACUAUAAAACUCGAUUAGGAGUUGAGGUAGGUGAUAUCGAAAUCAUCGUACACGCCUGUACAUUAACGGGAUGUCAAUACGUUUACGGUCAACAAGGCAAAAUGACACUCGAAAAACAAUGGAACGAGAAUUCGAUCGGUUUCGCUUAUCAGGUUAUCGUCGAUGAAAUUUCCGUUCACGACUCGGAAUUCAUCCUGCACAAAUGCAUCACGGAUGUGUUCAAAGUCAAAGACAUUUGUUUCAUGCUUGGUCAUCCUCAUUACGGUUCCUGUGGGGAGGUUACUGAACCAGCGGUAGAUUUAAAGACGGGUAGAAUCAAGGUAUCAAUGCGCAUUCAGCUGGAACCGAAUUUCGAUCGAAUUCGACAUUUGCAGGCAGAUACAAGAAUGAGAUACAUGCCUGGCAAUGUCGCUGCGCAGCGAUUAGGUAUAAGCAGUCAUCUUCUUAGUAGGAUAACGGGCACGAUUUUUGUGAUAGAUGGUGAUGCGGUGAAUCCCAGUAACGCCUCUAAAUACAAUGUUGGGCUAAACUUGAAAUUCAACAAAAAAAAUGAAGAGGUGCAAGGCUUUACCAGAAAGGAUCAAAACGGUGUGUGGUUGUACAGUGUAAAAGCGGUUGACUUUGUGAAGAAUUAUAUGCAAGAGUUCCCCGAACUGUUUGAACGCUUAGAAACAAAUCUAGGUUCGGCUGAUAUGUUUCUAAAAGAUAAUCUAUUCCCAAACAAUAGUAAAAAUACUUUGGAAACAAUAGUAGCAUGGGUAAAAGAAAAACAAAAGGUGUUGGGUACAAAAGUUCGUGCCUGUGGUAUCGAGGAAUUAGAGCUCGAAGUCGUACAAGAAAUUGAAAAAGAAAUCGAUGAAUGCCUAAAUGGUGUUAAACAACUAAAUAAAAAUCUUACUAUGCACAUUAAGCCAUAUCUACUGUACAAACCAGGUUUGAACUCUGGUAGUACACCACCUGAUCCUAAAGCUCAUCAUCGUUUGUUGGAUCGAAUAGUUUGUGUGAGAGAUAGUUUUACUGUGCCACUUGGAUACCGGGGUACGAUCGUUGGUAUACAGAAGAACGAUAAUUCACAGUUAAAUAUGUAUGAGGUGUUAUUUGAUCAGCCUUUUGAAGGAGGCCUGGUAAUUCACAAUUGUUCACCCAAUCGAGGCUAUAGGCUCUCUCCCACAGAUUUUAUCAAUAUUAGCUAUGGACUUCAGAUAGAAAACAAGAGCAAAAUUGCAAUUGCCCAGCCUCAGUGGCGACAGCAGCAACAACAGCAGCCGAUGUUACCUGUUUCUAACUUUUCAUCACAAUUCAAACUGCCAAAGCAGCCGCCCUUCCAAGCGCCUGACCCUUCCAUCCUCAGCAACGUUCAUCCGAAUUUCAGUAAAAAUACACCAAUUAACAAACAGUUGCUUGGUAGACCCCUGCCUCCAAAGAAUGAUUUCAACGACCCGAAGAAAAAGAACUCUGGUUUUCCCGCGCCUCCAACAAUUUUACAGAAAUUUUCACAGCCACCAGAGGUCAAUAAGAAUGUACAGCAACAGCGCAACGCGCCUCAGCAAGGCGCAUCUGAAUUUCAAGCGCUUUGGAACGAAUUGCAACAGAUACAGAAACCAUUGGAAUCGCCGAAAAAACAACCUCAAAAGGUCAAAGAGCAGCCUAACAAUAAGUUGCCUAGUACCAAUAAAGAAAUGCCGCAGCCGCAGGACCCGAGCGCAUUCUUGAAAGCGAUGUUGAAAAUUUCGGACAAUAGCAUGUCUCAAAGCCUCAGCAAAACGUCAACGACUCCUUCCGCCUCUUCUGUCUCCUCGACGUCAGCGCCCGUCACGAGCAGCAAACCUUUGGCGUUCCCGACUCCGCCGCAAACGCAGCCGCCUAAGGCGGUUAUCGACACUCCACCCCUGGUGCAACAGAUGUUCGAUCACGCGCGAAAAGCCGAGAUCAGGAGUGGUAAAAGUAUCUGGUAUUGUUCACGACUGUUGUCGUACUAUCAGCUCUUGGGUACAAGCUUUCCACGUUAUAACUACUGUACAAACAAAGAUAAUCUAGUGUGCGCGCAAAUUACUUUACCAGACAUGCGUAUUUUCUGCAGUGAUUUUUGCAAUACUCAUGGCGAGGCCGCCGAAAAUGCUGCCAAAAAGGUUUACGAGAAAUUGCAGCAGGAAAAACCACUACCUCUAAGAAUGCCUCCAGGUCCGAUGAGAGCAGCCCCUCAGAUUCCUCCUCAGCAUCCACCACCGCAGUCCCAGUGGUACGGCAAUCGGCCUGGUGUUCCAAUACGACAGCCUAUGCCUCCGGCUAAUAUGGUCAAGCCUAUGCUACCAGCUGCAUUCCCACAAGCGUCGAUUAUGCCAAUGUCGAUGCCGAUGCCGCCAUUGCCACCAGUGCCAAAAUGGAAUCAACAAGCCCAGGCUUACGGUCCGAUACAACCACCGCCGAUGCAUAAGCAUCAGCAGCCACCGCACCAACAACAACGGGUUCAGUCUCAAAACCAACAGUAUCAGCAAAAGUUCCCGCAACCGCCCAUAAUCAACAGUAAUGUUGAUAAACUGGGUGCCAUGAGACAACAGACAUCACCGAAAAAGAGCACGCCGUUCGUACCGCUCCAGGCACAAAAAAAGACAAGAAACGUCAUCAACAAACAACCACAGCAACAACAACAGCAUCAGCAUCAAAAACCAUUCAACAGAGAUCAGUCGGAGAGAAACACGAUGGAAAGCAAGAUAGAGCAAAAGACUAAAGAGAACCUGCCAAGCAAGGAUAAAAAGAUAGACAAAAAGGAGGACAAGAAAAUUAACAACAACUACACAGCUGGUGCGCCUGCUGCUCAGAAAAACGAACCACAAAACACAAAACAAAGGCGAUCGAGAGUUGCUGCCAGAUUUCAAGCUCCUUUAGCCAACGGCAGUGAUAAACAAUAAUUGGUUGACUGUUUUAUUUAUAGACAAAUGGGCAAUUUCUUAUAUUGAUUCAACCAGUGAUACUAGCCUUUUAUUCAGACGCCAAUCAUUAUUAUUAUUAUUAUUAUUAUUAUUCAUUUUUUAUUGUCUUUGUUCGAUCAUGCAUACCUUACUUUUUUUCUACUAUGGUACGAUUGUCAAAAGGAGAUUCAAUGUAUUAGUGAUGUGCGUAAUCUCGAUUUAGAGGUAGCAACGAGAAUUUAAGAAAAACUAAAAAAAGAAAAGUGGACAACAAAAUGAGUUUUAUUUUUGUAAAAAUGAUGAAUAAAAUAGAUCAAAUUUAUUGCGUGCUC